AUGCCGCAUACAGCUGAGUCAACACCAUCGGUAUUCGCUGCGGACUUCGAUUCCUCGCCGCCGUUUGUUGGUUGGGUGGCCAGCAAGCCUUCUCCAGCGGAGAAUCUCCCCAGCGUAUCCUUGUAUUUCCAAGCGUACAAAAGCAAGAAAGAGCCAAGUCAAUACUCUUGCCAAGUCAUGAGUCAAUGCCAGAAUACAGAUGCACCUGCCAAUCCGCGGACAUUUUGA